GAGGUGACCGUUUCCCGUGAUAGGCAGCGGCUGGAACAUUUCCAGCAGGCCGAGGACAUCCUGCUGACCCUGCUGGAGGAUGUCCAUGCCAGGGACCCCCGCUUCCUCGUGGACUACGCCAGGAACCUGGAAGCCUUCGAGUUUGCUCUCUGCGCCUCCGAGGAUGCCGUCACCAUGGAGGUCCCGCUGCGGAUUGACAGCGAUGCUCUGCAGGUGCUGGUGUACCAGCCUGGGGACAUCCCAGCUGGGCACCAUUCAAGGCUGGACACCUGCUAUCUGGAAGUGCCCUCUCCAGGGACCGACUUGGAGGACUGGACCAGUGCUGUGGGUGUGAUGGAGCGAGGAGGCGGUGUGAGGUGCCUGGCUCCAGGCAAAGUCCUCCAGCACCUGAAAGAGCUGCUUGUUUCAGCCAUCGUGCACUGCCAACGCCGCUUCCUGCUUCAGCCAGGUGACCUCAGCGCUGAAAGUCUGCAGAAAGAUGCCAUGGAGCUCUCCUUGCUGAUUCGUGGUGGCUGGAAAAGCAUCCGCUUUGACAUCAUCCCCGUGGUGAGGAGGUGGCAGGAGCCCCUCCGGCUCGAGGGGCGGCAGAGCAAUGGGGCCUUUCCUGCCGACAGCCUGCGGACGGCCACUGAGGAGGCCCACCUCGUUCCCGCAUCCCCCCACUGCUGGAGAUCCUCCACUCACCUGCCCAUCCUGAAGCUGCUCCGAAUGGUGGACACACUGAAGGGUCCCCGUCUGGAUAGCCUUCGCCUGCUUGACCAGCUCCGCAGCCAGGACUGGGGAGAGGAGGGGGGGCAAGGUGGUCUCACCUUCAACCACCUGAAGAUGGUGCUGCUGUGGAGUACGGAGCUUUUCCCCUCCCCUGAAGACUGGCAGGACCCGGGGGGCCCGGGCGAACGGCUCUUUUUGCUCCGCUGCCUGGCCACCCAGUGCCUGCCCCACUUCCUGCACCCGAAGGAGAACCUCUUCCAGGGAGAGCCUCUGGAACUCGCCUCCCUCUACUGCAAGGUGGAGAGCUUCGCCCAGGACCCCCGGCGCUUCCUCCGCUUCCAUUUUGGCCCUGCCGUGUGCACCUGCGGCUGGCAGGUGGACCCUGGCACCCGAGCCCUCCUGCAGCUCCCUGCCAAGGAUGGAGCCUACUGGGACACAGCCUACUUUGACAUCCUGCUCAGCCAGUUCCAGGUGUAUGAGAUCCAGGACAGCAUGCGCCGCUCAGCGAUGGCCCAGCUCCUCGCCAAGAUCCGGCAAGAAAUCCCCCAGCUGAGCUGA